CCUUGAAAGAAGGUAUUUGUAAACAAGUCAACAUGAUGUUCUAAAGAUCUUGACAAGAUAUAUUUUUAAUUACAUAUAAAAAAAAUGCUCUUGAAAGGAUGAAAAAAUUGUUCACAAAUCAACAAAGAUGCUGGUAUAAAAGUCGGCAACUUUUGGAGAUGGUGCCUGGCAUCCCUCCCCCUUCUCUGAGGGGUGAACAAUUCAGAGAUAGAAGAGUUUAAGGAGCUAGGAGUUUCCUGCUACGAAGGAUGACCUAGUUCAUUAGCUCAUCAGUUUAGGUCAUUAUGGGCCUUAUUAUGGGACUUCACAAUUUUGAACUUGCCUACAUGUAUAAUAUCUUUUUAAGCACUUGAAGGAUACUAUCAGUAGAAAAGAUGGCAGCAUUUUGGGGUGGCAGUCUGAUGGUUCACUUGGUAAGUCCCAUGCCCAAGGCAAUGCUGCCAGAUUUGCAUUGUUCUGGUGGACUGAACAUGGCCUGUGGAUGGGACAUUUCCUCAAAGGUUGGGACGGGAAAGUUUCUCGCAUUCAAGCACAGAGUGAGGAUUAUGAUAUGCAGCUGCUGCUAGAUGUGAAUACGGAAUUGUAUCCUAUUAAUGUUGGGGAGAAGUUUAGGAUGGCAUUAGCUCCAAGUCUAAAUGUCAGUGGAACAGCUGUCAAGGGUGCGGCAAAAUCACUUGCUGACAAAUUUGAAUAUGUUAUGCAUGGGCUGUUAUACAAGAUAUCUGAGGAUGAGUCCUCAGGACCUGAUGUUAAAGUGAUGAUAUAUAUUUCUUUUGGUGGACUUCAACUUAUGCUGAAGGGGAAUCCAUCUUAUAUGGGUAAAUUUAAGGUUGAUCAGAGGUUGUUUCUCCUUAUGAGGAAGGAGUGAGACGAAGCUAAAAUUCCUGGGGUUAGUUGCAAAGCACAUCGGAUUCCAGAACAUGUUUAAAAUCAAACUCUCUGUUAGUGUAUGUUUUCUCUUUUCUGCCCUUCUGUUUACCCCAAGCUAAGCAUGUUUGUGCCUGUCCAUGUUCUUGGUGAGGGAAAGUGGAAAACAUGCUGUGGUAUCAUUUUAGAAGUUAUAAUAUUUUGCUAGGAAAUAUUGGUUCCGGAUUUCAACUUUUAUUAAUGCUCUGUUGUUGUGCAAAUGUCUAUGGAAAUUCCCGCCCUUAGCAACAGCAUCCACAUGAUUAUAACAUCAUGUGGGCAUUUCUAGCUGUCCUUGCUCCCUACUGCUGAUGGCAAUGAAUUAGGUUUUGCAUCACUAGUUAUUUCACAAGUGCAAUACCAUCAGCGGUAAGGGUAUUGGAAAAACUAAUAGGGUUCUUGCUGGUAAGUAUGAUCCUUUGUUGUUUGGGCUCUCUAAUCUUGAUUGUUCUGUUUGUUCAGAAAAUUGGGGAUGAUAAAUUUGGUCGAAGUUUUGAUCCAAUCCAGUAGUGUGGUUGCUUUUAUCAGGUUGAUUGGUCUCAGAAUCUUUAUAAUUAUGACACUUGAGGCUGUAAACUUGUAUUUUUCUGCAGUAUUUGCCCCAUACAUGGAUUGCAGAGGUCUCCGAUUAAGUAGAAUGUAUAUGGCAUUAUGAUGCUGGUCAUAUGAAGCAUUUUUCAUUAUUUUCAUUGAAGGUUGGCCAUAUCGAAUUGGCAUGUA